GGAGAUUAUACGACGGUGCUGCUGUCUUACUGCGGUGUAAAUGCGCUGAAUCAAAUCAGUAAAUGAAAGAUGGUGAAGUAGUUACUUUGUUGUGUAACAAAUACAAGCGUAUUUUUGUGUUGAGCUAAGACAAACGUGUCGAGUUUAGCCUUGAAGAAAAAUUACUUUCAGUAUUAACUUUUUUUUCACGUCAUAUACUUUAUGAGAAGUUACAAUGGAUAUCGACGAUAUAGAUCAAACCUUAUUACAGCAAUUUAGUUGUUUGGGUACAACGGACAGAGAUGAAUUAAUAAAACAGUUACAAAUUUUAGUUGGAAACAAUUUAAAUGAAACUGCAGCUUCGUUCUUCUUGGAAAUGAAUAACUGGAAUCUGCAAGGUGCAGUGUGUUCUUACUUCGACUUUGAAGCUCCGUACAAACUACCGUCUAUGUCCUUGGUUAGAGACAUUACGAUCGGGGAAGGGGAAAGCAUUACUCCGAACACAAAGUUCACCAAGACGUGGCGGGUGCAGAACACGGGGGACGAGGCGUGGCCCCACGGUUGCUGCCUGAGGUUCAGCGGGGGCGACCAGCUGUGCCCGGCGGACAGAGUGCCUGUGCUGGCCGUGGGGCCCGGCUGCACCACUGAUCUCAGCCUGGAGAUGAUCAGCCCCGGGCAGCCGGGCAUGUACGAGAGCAAGUGGAGGAUGCUCACGCCGUCCGGCUGCUACUUCGGAGACAUCAUCUGGGUGAUCGUGACGGUCGCAGAGAGCGGAACGAUGGCCCUCACCCAGCAACUUGCCCACCUCAGCGAGCUGGGCGCCUCGCCUCGUGUGGACGAGACUUCCAUCAACCCCUUCGGCUCCACCAACAGAUCCUCUAGUCAGUCCCUCUUCCAGGAUUCAGUUCAACAGUCCUCGGAUGGUGACACUAACAUGAUGUGUUAACAUAUGGGUGGCUUCAGAGGAAAAUGAAUGAGAUAUGUGAUCUACUGUGCACAUGAAGAGAAAGUUCGAUACUGCAUGUAACUAAAUUGUUUCUUCAUUUAGCAUGAGUCAAAAUGGUAAUUCAAAGAAUUUAGAAAUCUCCCAUAUUUCUAAUAGCUCUGCUAAUUGUUUGAACACAACAAUUAAACUCACCUAAAUUCAUCAAGUUGCUUUGAUUCAGUUUGUACAUACAUUUUAUUUUUACUGCAAUAAACUGCUAUUUUGGUCACAUUUUAGUUAUUUACUAUUAGGAGGGGGAGGUGCAGCCGUCGACUGAUUGUAGCCGUGUCAGAAAGCAAAAUUGUGAUGACGAUGUCAUUGAUAUGUACAUAAAUGUGUGAUUUUAAUUGUAUGAAUGUAUUCAAGUACAUCUCCUAAACUUUACUUCUUCAGUGAUUGUAACAUAGUACUGUAUUGUUUUGUGGUGAAAAUUAGUUACAUGUGUAACUAAUAAUUUUUAUAUACAUAUAAAGAAAUAAUUUUCAUAUGGAUGUUUUCACCUAUAACUGGAAGACUUUUUGCCUUUUUAUUUUUAUGUUCUGCCUUAGCAUGCAUUGGUUAUUUUUUGAGUUGGUAAAAUAUAAAAAUAAGUCUUUCAUCUAAAUGUCUGCAUUGUUAGUGUAUAGGGUCGAUUCUUGAGCUGUUUGAUUCAUCGUAGUAUAUUGUAAUGACAAAGAGUAUUUUUCAUAUUAAUUUGUGCAUUAUAUUCUCAACUACAGAUUUUAACAAUGCUUUUCAUCUAGCGUAGUUCUAUUAAAGCAUAACUUUCUAGAUAUUCUUAUCUGGAACCACUAACUUCUAGCACAGUAAUAGAAAAGUUGAGUGUAUUUGUGUGUUCCUACUGUAAAGAUUUACUAAAUAAAAUGUGGGGAAAAAAUUGGCACCUACAGUUAUUGAAAAAAAUAAAUAGAAGUCUAUAUCAGGGCUGCCGUUUUUACGGAUUUUAUCCGUUUUCACAGAUAUUUUGGAGUUACACCAGAUUAAAGGAUAAGCACUUCGAAUCACGGAUAUUUUAAUUGACGAACGCACAAACAUAAAUAUUUACUUACUGCUCCCGCUCCACUUCAUAAAUAACAUGUCAAGAGACACUUCACUUUGCUACGUUGUUUCAGUUUUUGUAAGAUGAUAACAAUUCACGCUCUACCUUUUAUGUCUGGAAGCAUUUUUUUAUUUCACGGAUGAAAGUAUACUAUGCAUCAUAAUAUCUAUGACAGUUGUUUUAGACACCGUGUUCUGUUUCUCUCUUCUGCGCGAUCUUGCGUUCUUGCGUGUAACGGAACACACCCAGUAAUAUUUGUGCGAAGUGAUAUCUGUGACGGUGUUUAUACAGUCUGUGUUGUUAUACCAUGCAAUCACGAUUUCUAUGAUGGAUUGACAGAGUGUUUACAGUUUGUUGUUAAUUUUAAAGUAAUUGUUACGUACAAAAAAUUCGGCUUGCAUCUUUGUGGAGAUAGUAAUUGAAAGAAAUGGAAAGAAAACACAAGGCAUCUCCAGAUCAAACGCUGUAUAAACAACGAUAUAACGUGAGUGGGAAGUAGAAUUAAAGUUGCUGCAACCCGGUAAAACAGUUGCUGUUGUUUAGAAAUGCCAAUGUUGGAUGCAUUUAUUGCACUGCCACAACAGGACCAAAAAUUUGGGGCUAGAAUUCAAACCCACUGAUGAGCUGAGAAAAAAAGCUAGGAACCUGAAGAAGUGAAGCAGUUGGAGUGUUCAGGCAAGAAAUGCUUGCAAAUACAUCAUAGUCUGUGUGUAUAUUUUUAAAGUGAUUUUUGUGAGAACCUCAUACUGGUACUUAACUCUUUACAUGUAAACUUAUCAGUUUUUUAUCUUCAUUAUUAUUAUUAUUAUUAUUAUUUUAAGGUAGGCCUAUGCAACUGGAAUGAAGGAAAAGCUGAUUUUUGAAGAAAUAUGAUUAUAAUACAGUAAAACCUUUUUGUUGCGACCACCUCUCUAUUACAACCCGAUUUCGAGGAAAAAUUGCCGAAAAUCCGAAGAAAAUCGGGCAGAAAAUAAGUUUCUUGUGGUGAGUAGCGUGUUACUGCAUUUCUCUUGCGGAGUGCUGUACUGCCGUAGGCAGCGCAUAUCUAAAAAUAUAUACCACUUCCUGUCGACCGCUGUCAGCGCUUAACAACCCCCAUUCCAUGUCCCUUUGCCGGCAGGGUGCAGAUAAAGGUUUUUGUGGCAACGUGUUUACGACCGGUGUUUACGACCGCUGUCAGCGCUUAACAACCCCAAUUCCACGUCCCUUUGCCGGCAGGGUGCAGAUAAAGAUUUUUGUGGCAACGUGUUUACAUUUAGCUUUUUGUGAGUGUCUAGUGUGGUACGCAGUUAAGGCAAAGCUGCCUGCUGGAUUUCUCUUGAUUUUGAUUACUAUCGGUUGACAAUACACAGAGACCGACUGGAUGCACGCCCGCCUAGACUUGUUUUAACUGCCACAGCGAUGUUUAUUUUGACAGCUCAAGCAAUUAUCUUUUCCCAUGGGUUGACAGAAAAAGGUUGCUUUACCCAACAUAAAAAAAAAAGGCUACGCCACUUAUUCCCCACGCAGGAAACACAGCUGGCUGCCGUCUGUCUCCCCUGCAUUUAUCUUUCUUCUAACAUUCCACGUCUCACCUCUCGCGCGAGCAAUAACGAAGCGACCACGCAUUGGACCGUUUUAUGCUUUGUUUGGUGACAGCAGUUUGAUUUUAUUCGGUAUAUUCCUUUUCAUAGAACCCUUGCUAUUAAAAUACAUUUAUAUUUAAGUUUGAACGCAUGUAAAUUCCUUGCCAGAGAUGACUGAUCUCGAACUUGGUGUGAAAAGUGACAUAUUUUGACCCCUCCCUCACCACUUUAGUACCCCAUUCAUAAUAGCCCAAUUUUACAGGAGAAGGGAGGGUGAAAUGAGCAUUUUCUCACUGAAGGUUUUUCAAAGGAAGCGAAGUUGGGGUGUUAUAAGGGAGGACACUAGAUGAUUUGUGUGUCUGGGAGGGAGGGGUGAGCUUAUGCGUCAUGAAGCCGCUGCCGCCAGCCAGCCGGGCGAGCUUCGUGUGCGCCCACUCGCGUUGCAGAACCUACAGCUGCCAUAUUUUUACAGGAAAUGUCCCAUUAUUUUUUUGUUAUUCUUACAUGAACAUUUUUGGAAGUAUUAAAGCCGACACAAAAAUACACUGUGUGUUAAAAUUAACAGAUUUUAAUGAUCUUUCAUUUCUUUUUUAUAUUUUUUUUUCUGAUUUUCACUUUUUAGUCAAAAUGUCCAAUUUUUUGACGGUUCCCGAGAAUGUAUACGUAAAAUCACUGCUUGGUUAAAUCCAGGGUUCGUGACAUCGGCGUUCUAGUGUAUUUAACUACGGCAAGCAGAAAACGUACAUGUCAACUAACCAGUAAAAAUAAACUGUCUUUUGACAUAUUUUCUUUAGAAUGGCCUGUAGGGCGAUGGACUUGUCAUGAAGGUUGAUGUGGGUUUAAAGCAAAGCCAUCUAGCAUUGUGAGUGACAGUAUCCUGCCAUUGAACGGCUGGUUUCUUAGCGAGUAGCGGUUUGGGAAAUUGGGGAGGGGGGGGCUUUGAAAUGAACUGAAAAUUUCAGGAAAAAUCUAUUACGACCCCCCCUCUAUUACGACCGUAUUCCUGGGAACCGUGAGGGGUCGUUUCAGAGAGGUUUGACUGUACUUUGUUUUCUGUUGUGUCUUAGCUGUAAAAAAAAAUGUUGGCAAGAAUGAAAAACCUGUUUACAGAAAAUUUCUUCUUACAGGAUUUUUUAUGGUCUAAUACAGGAUUUUAUAACCAUUCUUGGUGGCAUCCCUGGUCAGGGCCGGUGCAAGGUAAAUUGGCGCCCUAGGCGAAAAACCUUAAUGCCCCCCCACCCACCCCCCCCCCCCCCCCCCGACACCCCAAAAAAAAUUUUUACUUGCCUCAAAAUACAUCACGUAAGCCUAAUAUUUUGUCAACAAUUAAAUGUAAGCAGGCUUGUGUUUUUUUCUUUUUUACUUAUUACAAAUCAUAAACAGGUCACCGUGGACUUUAAAUAAUUACUUAUAUCAAUAUAAACAUUUCAAAUUGUUACAAAAAUCCAUUUCCAUCUAGUUUCAAUAAUCGUUAAACAGCUGUUAUGUGUCGUGCUGCGCCGCCCCCAGCUACUUGGCGCCCUAGGCGGUUGCCUAGUUCGCCUAUAUGGACGUGCCGGCCCUGUCCCUGGUCUAUAUCAUUUCUAUGAUAUUUUUAGAGCUCACAGUGCCAAAAAUGUUUUUUAUCAGCUAUAUUCGCUUUGAAUGAUGCAGAGGUGCAAAGUAAACUGGUCAUUAAAAUGAAA